UUAUCGCGUGCCAUGUUGUUUUAUUAAUAUAUGAAGGGAAAAGAAAUCAAAAGUGGACACGGCGUUUGAUAUUAUAUUUUUUGUUUAAAAGUGUACUUCGAUGGACUAGGAAUUGAUGCUACUCGAAUGUCAACAUCUUUUCAAAUAUGGCACUUAGAAGUGUCAUAACGGCCAUUGUGCUUUCCCUCACUGUCCGCCCAGUGCGUGCUGACCAUUGUGACGUCAUAGAUACGUUGGACAAUCAGUGGGUGAACGUUAAUAAUCUGAAGAAUGACCACAACCCCAGAUAUCUAUCAGAGGCUCAAGUCAGCAGCAAAGAGGAAUGCCAACAAGCUUGUUGUCAGACAGUAAAAUGUUCUGUGGGGAUUUUUGACACUGAAGACAACCAGUCCAAAGUAAACUGUUUUCUUCUUGAGUGUACGUCAGAACUCGAGUGUGUUUUUGAAAAUAAAGAUGGUAUGGUGACUUUUAUUGUUGAUAAAAACCAUGAUGGACCAAUGAAAGAUGGGACAAAGUCGACCACAAAUGCACCACCAUCUGAAUCCAGCACUCCAGGAAAACUAACAAAUUCCGCAUCAACUCUAACGACAAGAACUACACCGAAGAAUUCAACAACUGUUAAAAGCACUACUCAAUUAGUAAAGGGAACAGGGACACCGACGAAGGCGCCGUUGAUAACUGACGUUCCUCCUGUUAUAAUAACUAAAAAUGCAACAAAACCGUCAGCAACAACAACACGGACAGCAACAACUCCAGCUCCACCACCUCCAAAUACAACAAAAACUAUCAUGGUUUCGUCGACGUCAGUUUUGGAGACCACAACAAACAAGACAACAAUUGGUACAAAGCUCAAAACAACAACUGCCAAAGCUUCCGUGUCAGCUGCAAAGUCUUUUGGCGAUCAGAAUGCAACAUCUGUCAUUUCACUAGGUCCAUUCACUACAACGUCUGCUUCUAUAACAAACAACACCAUAAGGAAUUCUAAUAAUGAAGCUGAGAAUAUGGAACCUGAUAAAAAUAAUAUAACAAGUGAUGAAUUGACAAACAAGGAAAUAAGUCAACUUCUCAACAUAACACUACCCGGACUUCAAGUCAAUGAAUCCCUAGUAAAUUCAACAACAAUUCCACAAAUUAAACCUCCGCCAAUUUCAACACAGUCAUUUGUUCCUUUGAGUUCAUCGUCGUUGUCAUCUUCAUCAACAUCAUCAUCAACAACCACAUCUUCAUCGCCAUCCUCAUCUUCCAAAUCUUUAUCUACUACACAACAGAACAAAUCAUCUGUUGUCACUACAAUAGCACCGGAUAUCAUUGAAUCGUCCAAUGUCACAAAAAUAACAACAACAACGACAAAAGCGGCAAUAUUGACAAAUAUUUCAGAAAUAGAUCACACGAAUUCUUCCACAGAAACAAGUGACCUGAAUGCAAACAAAACGAUGGAGCUUAAAACAAUGACACAAGAGGAAGACAAAAAUGUCACCAAUGGUCGUCUUGAGAACAAAAUUAAUCAAAUGGAACCGUCUUCUGCAGUAUUAGGGGGCUUGAUAGCAUUGUUGUGUUUUGGAAUAUUUUUUAUCAUAGCUAUAAUGGUUAUUUUUGGCAAAAAAUUGUUCGAAUCCUGGCAACGCCGACAUUACUCUCGCAUUGAUUAUCUCGUAAAUGGAAUGUAUAACUAAACCCAACUUUUGUUUCUUAACAGUAGAAAUAAAUGAUUAUCAUCGAAA